ACCUUGAUGUUCAUAUUAUUAACCAUAAGUACAGACAAUUUAUAUAAUUAUGAAGCCGUGCAUCUGAUAAAAAGGAAGGAUUUCAUCCGAAAAGUUUUGCUUAGACAGCACGAUAGAUUCGGCAAUUUGCCGUCCUAUUAAGUCAAGGAAGAAUUGCUGCCAAGAUAAUUUCUUAUUAUUUCACUGUAUACCAGCCAAGUGAAUGAAUUUUGUAUGCAAGAACAUUUAAAUAUUCUAGUAUAUAUUAAUAAAUAAAUUAUAAGCUUGUGACAUAAUGGCUGAAACACAGCGAAUGACUGUUUAUGGUAGACAUCCUCCUUGUGCUAGUGUAAGUCGUUUAGAGGAACGUCGUACCAGAAGAUUAGCCUUAAGGUUGGAAAGAAAUCGAAAAUCAGAUAAACCAGAUGAUUUUAUAUGUUAUGAAUCAAGUGAUGAUGAAGCAGAAACUAUAAGUGAAGGGAAACAAUUUUUAAGAACUUCCUUUAAUUUUGUGGAUUAUGUACGUGCAAGAGAGACAAACACUAGAGAAGUGAGAAAAAUUAAUCAAGAAUAUGGAUUUCGACACAUAUUGACUCAUGAUUUAUUUAAAGAAUAUUCGGUUAGCUUAAAUAAUAUGAAUAAAGUCUUUUGUUCUCAAUGGUUAAGUGAUAGGCAAGUAGUAUUUGGUACAAAAUGCAACAAAUUGAUGGUUUAUGACGUAGCAACUCAGAAAUUAGACCAAAUACCAUCUCUACAUGGAAGGCAAAUUAGUUCAGGAGGUGGUGCUGUUCCUGAGCAGCAAUGUGGUAUACACUCUGUUCAAAUCAAUCCUUCUAGGACUCUCCUAUCAACUGGGGCAAGAAAUAGUAAUGAAAUAGCUAUAUAUAGGCUACCAACAUUAGAUCCAGUUUGUGUAGGAGAAGGUGGUCAUAGAGAUUGGAUUUUUGACAUGUGUUGGCUAGAUGAUGAAUUUUUAGUUUCUGGUUCUAGAGAUACCAAAAUGGCUUUAUGGCGUAUAGAUAAUGAUCUUGCUGAAGCCCCUGACAAAGCGGAUGUGCCAACACACAGGUUGAUUCAACCUGUAUGUGUUAAAGAAUGUAGAUCUGCGCAAAAAGUACGUGCGCUUGUCUUUAAUAGAACUUACAAAGAAAUUGCUGCUAUCACUCUGAAUAAUUUCAUACACAUCUGGUCUGCUGAGACUUUUAGACAAAAAAUAUCUAGAAAAUUACCGGUUUGUCAAGAAAAUGUUUGCCUUGCUGUACAAGAUGAUGGUGUUUAUGCCGUAGGAUGCCGUUCUUAUACUUUACUUUUAGAUGCAAGAACUGUGCAACCUAUAAAAAGAAUACCUUCGCGGUAUAGCGGUUGUGGAAUCCGAUCAGUUAGUUUUCAAGGUUCCGUUUUAACAAUUGGAACAGGCUUAGGAAUGAUGUUCUUUUAUGAUGUGAGAGCUCAAAAGUAUCUCGAGUCUUCAAUUAAUUCUAACAGAAUUGUUGUAUUAAAAGCAUCAAAGGGAUACGUGUUUCCUGACGAAGAGUACAUAGAUGGAUUUCAAAAUGUGAAAUAUACACCUGCUAUAUAUACUCAUUGCUAUGAUGGAUCAGGAACUCGAUUGUUCACAGCUGGUGGACCCCUUCCCGUAAAUCUAUAUGGUAACUAUGCAGGAUUAUGGCAAUAAAGUUAAUUUUAAUUAAUUAAAGAACUGCAUCGAUUUUUACGUAAGUAAUAAGUUGUACAUUUAACUAAAUAUUAUUAAAGUUUUAUCUCAGGAGGUAUAUACACCUAAUCUAGACUUAAGAAACCUUUUCUGGUAAUUAUCAUCUUUUAUUUUCAUGUUUGUAUAAUUUCACUCCUUUUUUAUUUUAUUAUCUAAUGAACUAAACAAAAAAUUUUAUUUAUGUAUUAAAAUUUUAAGAUAUCAAUAUACACUUUUAAAAAAUAUUGAUACUUUAUGAACAAAUGAGAAAGUAGGAAAAGAUAAUAAGAGCAUUUUAUAAUUAAAGGUGUAUAUAUCUCGACUGCCUGAAGAAAUAAGUGAUAAAAAUAAAGAUAUCCGAUUUUUUAUCAUUUCAAUCAUAUAUUUAAUCCUGUAAGUGAAUUUGAUUGAACUGUCUCUUAUUAAUCAAUUAUAUCAGCAUGUUUGUAUGCAAUGUGGAAAGAGCCAAAUUUAAUGUAUUAUAUAAAAAACUAUUGUUGUGUAAUUUAAAAUUGACACAUGGUAAAUAAUAAUCCUACGAUUGAUUUAUUUCCUGAGUGACUUAUUUUAUGAGUUUAUUACCAUCUUAUCGUAAAGCUGUUAAGCUAAUUUCGUCUUUUAGUAUAAAAUUUUGCUCUAGUAUUAUUUACUGUAUAUGAAAUUGAACAAAUUAUUGCAUGAAAAUCUCUCCAAAUCAUACCAAUGGAUGUUGAGGAAAAGUACUUUAAAAAUUGUGAUUACUAAUUUAAAUCUUUAUAUUAUCUGCGUACAGUGUGACUUUUAAAACCACUUUAAUCUGUGUUGUACAUUUCUACAUCAGUACAAUAGAAAUGAAAAUUUAAAAAGUAAUCAACGAAUAACACUGCAAUGAACAUUAAGUUUCUCAGAUGCAAUCUAUCAAGUUGAAAUUUUAAUACUGGCCUUAGUAGAACAAUAUACAAUGAAUAUUUGUUAUAAAAAAACUUAUUUUAGAAAAACAAUAUCUAUUAAAGCCUUUAUAAUGUAUUUCUGUAUUACAUAAUAGAAUGUGAAACAUAUAUAAUUUUAAUCAAUGCAUGGAUUAUAAAGCAAUAUCUUUUAAGUGUACAUGGUAAUUGUUAAAUGAAAAGAAUCAUUCUGUUAAAUGAAAUUAAAAAAAUAUAUAUUUAGUUUCUUCCAAAUAUUGAUUUAUUUAAAUAUUGAAAUAUUAAUUUCUUUGUAACAUUUUUUGUUAAUAAUAUUAUAAAUAUAAAAUUUUAAAUCUAUUAAUUGUAACAAUCUGUAUCUUACAUAUGCAAAGAUACAGUAGAAAUAUUUUAAAUUGCAAUUGCUCAAAUUCAAUCAAAUUGAUUAUUCAUAUAUUGUACAUUUUAUGGUACAAAGGUAUUAAAAAACAUCAGCAGUGCGUAUUUGCAGUUACAAAUAAUGGUACACAACCUGUGAUUAAUGUGUUUCUUGUAUACAAUUCAAAAAAUGUAUUUGAACAAACUACAGUCUGUUCCAUAAGUGUAUGUUGGCAAUAUCUCUACAAGGAUAUUUGUUAAAAAUUCAUCUAAAAUGUUAAUACGCGUUUAUUUCAUGUAUAGUAGGUUCUAUUCUCUUAAUGAUUAUUCUCUUUGAUAUCAUCUUGGCAUGUGAGACAAAAGUGUAUAUUUUUCAAAAGCGAUGAAUUAAAGUUGUGAAUGUUAAAAGACAA